UGUGCAACGUGUGGGGUGACUCCUCAUACGGACCUCAAAUGUACAGGGGCUAAGCCCGAGGAUUGGUCAAAAGAGUGACUGUUAGCAGAAACGGAACCUGGCUGAGUGUUGUGUUGUGUUUCUUGGUGUGUUGUGUUUCUUGGUGCAUGCAGGCUACUCAUUAUUUCAUGCUGAAUUGACAUUAAAUAUUAUGACGGUAUGGUGGGUACUGGUCGUUAAGGCUGAAGGGACAUUAAGAACUUGGGAGGGUACUGGUCGUCUGUUGUGAUGGGGUGAGUCUCGCGGCUUUGCCGCGAUGUGAGUUUGGGAUAAGAGGUGGGGCUGUUCUCAAUAAUUACUAUGCGCAGAUGGGAGGGUUUGUUAAAAGAACGAUUGUUCUUCCUUGCAGUUCCCCCUCUUGAAGCCUCACUGGCAGGAGGUGGCUACAUCUACAUGGAUGAUCUUCGUGCACUGGAGCAAGUGGUAUUAAAGGGAGCCCCACCGCUGUACUGUUUGGGGGCCAUUGUUACACCUUAUGUCGUGGCAGAGUGGGAAAGGCUACUAGCAUCCCACCCAGACAGGGACUUUGUGGCCUACAUUGUUCGUGGCAUUACAUCGGGUUUUCGCAUUGGUGUAGACCCAUCUCUCAUAAACGGGCAAUUUCAGAGUACAAACAGUAACAUGCAAUCGGCGAGAGAUAACGCUCAGGUUAUUGAUAGCUACUUGGGCACAGAAUGCUCAUUGAACAGAGUAAUUGGCCCCUUGCCCGUGGACACCCCUGGUAUUCAUGUGAAUAGGUUUGGGGUAAUCCCGAAAGCAAACCAGCCAGGUAAAUGGAGGCUCAUAGUUGACCUGUCACACCCCACUGAUUUCAGUGUCAACGAUGGUAUUCCCCAGCCCCUGUGCUCCCUACGGUACGUCACUGUGGACUCGGUGGUGCACAUAAUCCAGCAGUGUGGCAAGGGCGCCCUUCUUGCGAAACUUGAUCUGGAGAGUGCGUAUCGUAAUGUGCCGGUUCACCCUAGUGACCGCUGGCUUCUCGGUAUGAAAUGGAAAGGGGCCCUUUAUGUGGACGCUGCAUUACCGUUGGGUUUGAGAUCGGCCCCCAAGAUAUUCAAUGCAGUCGCUGAUGCCUUGCUGUGGAUAAUGGGUUUCCAAGGGGUGCCGUUGGGGAUUCACUACUUGGACGACUUCCUGCUGGUGGGGAAGCCUGGAUUAGGGGAUUGUGCCCACUCCCUUCAGACAGCCCUGGCGACAUGUCAGACACUGGGAGUCCCAGUGGCCCCCCAUAAGGUGGAAGGCCCGUCAACGGUUUUGACUUUCCUGGGGAUCUGCCUUGACACAAUUAACAUGAAAGUCCGGCUGCCAAAAGACAAAUUGGUAAGGCUACAGGCAUGUAUUCACACAUGGGAAGGCAAGAGAAUGUGCAUAAAGAGGGAUCUUCUCUCCCUGCUGGGAAUGCUUCACCAUGCUGCCAAGGUUGUUCCACCGGGGCGGACAUUCCUGAGAAAGAUGAUCGACACGUCGACUCAGAACCAUCACCACAUUCGGCUAUAGGUCUAGGUUUUCG